AUGUCGGUCCACCACGAUCCAGACGAUAAACACAUGGCCGCACGCGUCGCUUCCCCGUCAGGAGAUUCAACGGCCCUCAAGAACAGUAGCCUCGAGUAUGUUGCCGAGCAGGGUGGCAAUGGAUCUCUUCCAACCUACCAGGAGGCGUCCGGUGCACCCGUUGAGUCCUUUUCACCGCUCGGGUACGAGGUCAAGUGGUACACCAUCAUAUUUCUGAACAUUGGCCAGAUGAUUGGUACUGGUGUUUUCUCGACGCCUGCCUCGAUUCUGAGCAGCACUGGCUCUGUCGGUCUGAGCUUGAUGUAUUGGUUUAUUGGUUUCAUCAUCUCCUGCUGUGGGCUGGGUGUCUAUCUCGAACUGGCCUCGUACUUCCCAGCUCGCUCCGGCGCCGAAGUCGUGUACCUCGAACAGGCCUAUCCGCGACCAAAAUAUUUCUUCCCAGUGGCUUUCGCUGUGCAGACUGUCAUUUUGUCCUUCAGUAGCAGCAACGCCAUCGUGCUUUCACAGUACAUCUUCAAGAUGACCGAUCGUGAGGGCAGUGACUGGGAGUUGAAAGGCAUUGCAGUGGCUGGCUACACCCUCGCCGUUAUCCUUCUCAUUGCGAACAACAGGCUCGCUCUCUGGUUAUCCGAUAUAAUCGGGCUCAUCAAAGUUGCGACGCUAGUGUUCAUCAGCAUUACUGGUCUCGUGUGCCUCGGCGGCCACACGUCCGUAGCUGACCCUACCAUCAAUUUCCACGACGCCUUCGCUGGUACCACAGGCAAUGGCAACGGUCUCGCCAACGCGCUGGUGAAGAUCACCUUUGCCUACUCAGGUUAUCAGAAUGCUUUCAAUGUGAUGAACGAGAUCAAAAACCCGGUCAAGACAAUCAAGAAGUCGGCGCCGCUCUCGCUCCUCAUCGUUGCCAUCUUGUACAUGCUGUGCAACGUUGCGUACUUCGCCGCCGUGCCCAAGGAGCAGAUCAUGGAAUCCGAGCAGGUCGCCGCCUCGCUCUUCUUCACCGCCAUCUUCGGCGCCACCGCCGCCAAGGGCCUCAACAUCCUCGUCGUCCUGUCCGCCUUCGGCAACCUGGUCUCGGUGCUGAUCGGCCAGUCGCGCGUCAUCCGCGAGGUCGGCCGCCAGGGCGUCCUCCCGUGGGCCUCCUUCUGGGCCAGCACUCGCCCGUUCGGGACGCCCAUCGGCCCGUACCUGCUCAAAUGGGGCAUGACGAUCCUCAUGAUCCUGGCGCCGCCCGCGGGCGACGCAUUCAACUUCGUCGUCGACCUCCAAAACUACCCCGACUCGCUCUUCCUCUUCCUCAUGGCGGCCGGGCUCUACCUGAUCCGGCGGCAGCGCGCGCGCCUCGGGGUCGGGCGGUCCGAGUUCCGGUGCUGGGACGCGGCCGUCGUCUUCUACCUGCUGGUCAAGGUCUUCCUGCUCGUGAUGCCGUGGUACCCGCCCGAGGGCGGCGCGACGGGCGGCGACGUCAGCUUCUGGUACGCGACCUACUGCGUCGCCGGCAUCGGCAUCAUCCUCGCCUGCGGCGUCUACUACUGGGUCUGGAUCUACCUGCUGCCGCGGCUCGGCGGCUACGAGAUGCGGCAGCGCGUGGUGCAGCUGCCCGACGGCGCGGUGACGCACGAGUUGGUGAGGGUGGUCAAGGGGGAGGAGCUGGCCAGGUGGGAUGCGGAGCACGAUGCGUUGGGGAACGUGAAGACGGCGGAGGGGGUGGUGGAGCCGGUUAAGGUUUGA